AUGCAAGCCGUCAACAACCCGAAUCAUGCUUCGCGCAAGUGGCUGAGCUUGUUGUUGCUCACUUUUUUCACUACAGCUACGAGCAUCGUCUCACAGCGAUCGAGAAGCGUCGACGCAGACAAGCGCUAUUCCAUCGCAGCAUCCGUGUUUCUCUCCGAGCUGUUCAAGCUGUUGGUCGGCUUUACGCUAGCAGUUCUUGCGCGAGAAGAUACCACACCCAAGGUCAGCGCCUCGCUGCCGCUCUUCUCGGAAAAGAUAGAUCAGCAGGAUCAAGACGAAUCUGCGACGGAUUCGCCCCCCUCUUCGCCUGUAAGAGAAGCGAUGGCCAUGUCGUUGACUGAAAGGGUGCAGCAAGCUUGGAACGACAUUUACUGCCCAUCGGCUUGGAUGAUGGGGGUCCCCGCGCUGGUCUACGUUAUUCAAAAUAUGCUCCAGCUGGCAGCCAACUCGUACCUGAGCUCGGUGACGUACCAAGGCUUGUCGCAGCUCAAGCUGGUCACUGCCGCCAUCAUUAGUGUGGCUCUCUUCGGCAAGACGCUCUCGGCGCGGCAAUGGACGUGCUUACCUAUCCUGCUCGUGGGCGUCAUGUUUCUGACCCAGAAGACGGUAUCACACCAAGACGUGGCAGAUGCAGUGGCGUCGCUGACCGAGAAGGAGCCAGGGCCGGAUUCGCCCUUCUCGCAUCCUCGCACGGGUGUGGACAAGUCGUCGGCAUCGGCACUCAUGGCCAAGGCCAUGCUGGUCGCGGCUCAGUACGCAAACGCAUCGCUGGCGAUCGGAAUCUCGUGCGUGCUGCUCGCUUGCAUCUGCGGAAGCUUUGCUGGCGUCUACAUCGAGACAAAGCUCAAGUCGAGCAUGUCGGUCUCGCUCUCGGUUCGCAACGCUCAGCUGGCGUCGUUUGCGCUGCUCACAGUGGGCGCGGCCGUGGUGCUGGAAGCAUUCAGCAAACAACAGUGGGCGCCGCUCGAAAAUUUUUCGACAUUGGCGUGGUCCACGGUGCUUCUGCGCGGAGCCAGUGGCUACGUUGUCUCGGCCACAUUGCGAUAUGCCGACACAAUUAUGAAGGGCUUCGCCACAAGCCUGGCCAUCUGCACGACGAUUGCCUUUGAGAGCAUUUUGAGCUCUCACGCCCCUUCAUUGUAUCAGCUGGUGGGCUGUGCGCUGGUCCUGUUCAGCACGUACAGCUAUGUUCGUGCCGGUGCGGAGUCCAAGUCGUAG